AUGCUCAAGAACGGAGUAGAGAUGGAUCGGAGAAGGCUUGACUUCAGUGAUGAGUCGAGUGAUGAUGGCCAUGACAAUGGUUAUCUGGGGUUCCAUGAGCAUAAUUCCAGGAGAGUGGGCACAUACGAAAGAGAAGUAGGCAAGAGGAGUGAAAACCUCAUUUCAUCAAGGCAUCAUGCUUGUGGUGGAGGUUACACCGGGGAGGUAGACUCAGUGGGCAAAAAGAGUCAUAAUGUGGCUCAACAAGAGAAUAGAGGCAAUAGUAGACUGGACACACCGGUGUCCAUUGAAGGUAAAGAUCCCCACUACAGCUCUGAGUAUUUUGAGGCCUCAGAUUCUGAAGAGUUUGAGGAGAAGUUGGCAUCUCUAAGGUUCCUUAUUCUUGAGGCUGAGGAGGAGCUGAGGAACAUCAUUCGGGGAAGAAUCGAAAAGCACCUUGAGGCGAAUAAAGAAGCCAAUGAAAGGAAAAGGGAAAUGAAAAGAAGGAAAAGAGAGGUAUUGGGGGAAAUUAAUAAAGAAGAAAGCAAGGAGGGAAAUUCACCCGAGAUUUCUCAAGAGGAUUCGGAUUCAAGGAGAGAAAAGAUAGAAAGUUUUGCAGAUUUCGAAACGUCUAUGUUUCCCUAUAAGUCAAAGAACGGGAUAAAGUCUUACAUCUGCCCAUAUGAGGGGUGCACCAUGGAGCUUCCCACAUUGAGCAGGAUCAAAAGACAUUAUAUAGUCCAUACGAAGUUGAGGCCAUUCAAAUGUCUGAAUAAAGAUUGCAAUAAGAGAUUCUCCAGAAAGGAUAACAUGCUGCAGCAUUACAAGAUCCAUUGUAGUUACAGUAAUUAUAGAUGA